AUGAGCUUCUGGUACACAGAUGUCCAGGAUCACACCGGAGCGUGGUAUUGGAUUGGCAUCGCCAUCACACUGGCUCAAGGAAUCGGAAUACACCGCUGCACCUCCGUGCGAACUCAAGGUAACCAAGCGUUGUCGGACGAUCGGCAAUACAUUAAACGUCGUUUAUGGUGGACAUGCGUGGUCCGUGACAGGUGGCUGUCCUUGGCCAAAGGGCGACCAAUGAGAAUCCAUGAUGAGGAUUGCGAUGCCAUCCCACCUGGUGUGUCCGACAUUUUACUGGAACUUAGGGAAAUUUCUCCAGAGGCCCGACAGAGGUUCAUACCUUCCAACGAAGACCAGCUGGCACCCAUGUGGGUACGACUUGUGGGCAUAAGCUCUGUUCUUGGUCGUAUUCUGCGAGCUCACUACCGUCUUAAUGGACCUAAACCAAGUGUCGAAAACGUUGACGAGCUUUUUGCUACACUCUGUGAAUACCAGUCCAGUAGGACUCCUGGUUCAUAUGAUAUAAACGACACCGUUCUACUUCAUGAGUACCACCUAGAGCUCUUUUAUCAGGCCAGUAUGACGGUCCUCUGCCGACCCUAUCUAUUGAAUGCCCCCGCCUCGCUUCCUGAGGGUUCAUCACGGACCUGGCAAAAGAUGAUGCAGGGAAAGGCAAGAUCUGCCGCGUCAUUGACGAAUGGUAUUCUUGAGAAGGUUAUCGAAUUGGAUGCUGUUAAACACAUAAAGCCUAUGAUAAUUACCUCUUUGGUCCCGGCGAUGCAAGUACAUCUUUUUGACUGCAAGUCGACUAAUUCAAUUCAAGCUAGCCUUGGUCGCAACAAGCUUCAGGUCUGCAUGUUAGUCCUGGAAAAUUUACGAAACACUUAUUGGAGCGCCGGUGUUAUGUAUCGACUAUUCGACCGGGCUCAGUUCAUCCUCGCUAAUAGGGCCAAAAAUAGCAGUGGGCUUUCAGCGGUUCGAAAAAACGAAAUUUCCUCCCAUUUAGUGUCUCAUAAUGUGACAGAUCCGGCGGAUGGGGAUAGGAAUGGUGUGAAUAUAGGAGCUUCUAACUUUGCAAAUUUUACUCCAGAUAAUUCGGAGUUCAGCUUUUACAGUGAAGAUCUCCCGGCAACUGGAAGUGCUGAUUUUACAGCUGAUUUUGGUACCCUGGAGCAAUUGUUAAAUCCUGGGUUCUCGUUACCGGAUGUCCAAUCUCAGAUCUUUUUUACAGAUUACACGAUUGAUACCACAGCGGGAGAUCUCCCUCUUGACAUGCAUAAUAUUUGA